AUGUCAGAUUCACUUUCAUUUGCGAGUCCGCGUCGCGAUCCUGGUAGGAUUCAAUACGAAGGCGCUGCAUGGGGAACCUCGCAACGAUCACGUCACUCCAAUACUACGGAUGGUGUAGCGGGCAAAAUCGGAGAAGUGUUCGGCAACAAUAAAGACAGGCUGCCUAUGUAUAAAGACAAACCAUUUCACUCACGGUAUGGAACAAGGAGAUGGAACCCCUGGUGGAAGAAACAGAUGACCCUUGGAAUAGGGGCGCUUCUGUCCAUAACAUUCUUCUACCAGACGGGAUGGCUGGGUAAAGCUAGUAAAGAGCCCCAGGACAAGAAGAAUAAAGGUCAGAGCUCAUGGACUUUUUGGGGUGCACCCGAGAAAGUCGAUUGGGAUUGGAGGAGAGAAAGGGUCAAGGACGCUUUCAAGCUCAGUUGGUCUGCGUACGAGGAACAUGGCUGGGGGUAUGACGAAUUCCAACCGAUCGCAAAACACGGUCGUCAGAUGGCCGGUAAUGGCUUAGGGUGGAUCAUCGUGGAUGCACUUGAUACUUUAAUUCUGAUGAAUCUUACGACAGAACUCACUCACGCGAGGGAAUGGAUAUCUACGACUCUUAACUACGACAUUGACCAUGAUGUCAACACCUUCGAAACGACGAUACGAAUGCUCGGGGGCCUGCUGUCAGCGCACUAUCUAUCUAGUCAAUUUCCGAAUAUGGCGCCAAUAACGCUAGCGGAAGGAGAAGAUGAGGAUGAUCUAUAUCUGGAAAAAGCUACGGAUCUAGCGGAUAGACUGCUUGGAGCAUAUGACUCACCCACGGGAAUUCCGUAUGCGAGUGUCAACUUGCACACUAUGAAAGGCAUUCAUUCUCAUGUCGACGGAGGCUCGUCAUCAACGGCUGAAGCCACGACACUCCAGCUAGAAAUGAAGUACCUUGCUAAGUUGACUGGCGAAGAAAGCUACUGGGAGAAGACUGAGGAAGUCAUGAGAGCAGUCGACGAUAUCGGGGCCAAGGAUGGCCUCGUCCCGAUUUUUGUCAACCCAGACCGAGGGGCUUUUUAUGGUGAAAAUAUCCGUCUUGGGAGCCGUGGAGAUUCCUAUUAUGAGUAUCUCAUCAAACAGUACCAUCAGACCUCGAACCAGGAGCCUAUAUAUUUGGAUAUGUGGGAUGAAGCCAUGCGUGGCAUUCGCAAACAUCUGAUUACAUAUUCCUAUCCCUCAAAUCUUACCGUAUUGGGAGAGCGCCAGAACGGACUCGGAGGUGCCUUGACACCUAAAAUGGACCACCUAGUGUGCUUUAUGCCCAGUGCCAUCGCUCUAGGAGCCACUGGUGGAAAGAAUGUCACUGAAGCCAAGAAGAUAGGUUGGAUACAGCAGCAGGAAGAUGAUAUUGAACUUGCGAAACAGCUAAUGAAGACCUGCUGGGCCAUGUACAAGCACACUAAAACAGGCCUAGCACCAGAAAUCGUCUACUUUAACAUCUACGAUCCCCCAAAGAUGAUGCAUGAUGAGGUUCUACAUUCCCCGGAGAAUUUGGAUCCUUCCGAAGACGCUGAUUGGCGACAAGAUAUUGACAUUCACCAAAAUGACCGACAUAACCUUCAGCGACCCGAAACCGUUGAGUCACUUUUCUACAUGUGGCGAAUCACUGGUGAUAUUAAGUACAGAGAAUGGGGCUGGGAAAUGUUCCAGAGCUUUGUACAAUACACUAUUACUAAUGAUGGGAAUGGAUUUAGUUCGAUACAGGAUGUGACCCGGACACCGCCUAUAAUGCGCGAUAACAUGGAAUCAUUCUGGCUGGCCGAAACUCUCAAGUACAUGUACCUCCUGUUCUCAGAGGGUGAUAUUCUUCCUCUUGACCAAGUCGUCUUUAACACAGAAGCCCAUCCAUUACCUCGUUUUGAAUUAGGAAAAAGGUUCAAGACUGGCUGGACGAGGAAGUCGAGAGUUAUCAAUAGUCACGUCUACCCCAAUCCGCAAAAUCCCGGCGAGCGUAAAUUACUAAAAGAAGAGAGUUUCAAGAUACGAAACAUCUUGGGUGACAAGCAGAUGGAAAGUCACGACGCGAAUAAAGUUGUUAAGGAGUCCUCCACAGAGAAACUGUCUUCGAGACCGACAUUAGAAGAGAAGGAAGCUUCCAUUGAAUUCAAUCUUGUAACCGAUGAAAUGGAGGCAGAGAAGGCCAUGAAGUAG